AAUGAAAAUUAUCUACCUCCAUUACUAAAAAACAGAGAAUACAAUUUCAAGUCACAAAAUCUUCUUCUUCACCAAACAUAUUUGCUUUCACAGCAAAAACCGGAGACUUUCUCUCUUAUUCUUACCGUUUAGCAAACAAAUGGGUCGGAGAAAGAUCAAGAUGGAGAUGGUUCAGGACAUGAACACACGUCAGGUUACCUUUUCAAAACGGAGGACUGGUUUGUUCAAGAAGGCGAGCGAGUUAGCCACGCUCUGCAACGCUGAGUUGGGUAUCGUUGUCUUUUCACCAGGAGGCAAGCCUUUCUCCUACGGGAAACCGAAUCUUGAUUCUGUGGCAGAGCGAUUCAUGAGAGAAUAUGAUGAUUCAGACAGUGGCGAUGAAGAAGAAAGUGGUAACAACAGGCCUAAACUGAAGAGGAUGAGUGAACGUCUCGAUUUGCUCAACCAAGAGAUUGAAGCUGAGAAGAAUCAAGGUGAGACGGAUCAGGAGAAGCUUGAAUCUGCUGGGGAUGAGAGAUUCAAGAAUUCCAUUGAGACACUUACCCUCGAUGAACUCAAUGAAUACAAAGAUAAGCUCCAGACAGUCCAUGGUAGGAUUGAAUGUCAAGUCAAUCACAUGCAGGCUUCGUCUUGUCUCAUGCUUCUCUCAAGAAAAUAACUAGACCGACUUGUUGGGGUUACAUUCUAUUUUUUGUAUCAGCCUACAGAAGUUACUCACACAUGAAAGAUACUGUUGCUGUAGAAUUGUCUUCAUCUAUGGGGUGUGACUUUUUAUUUGAUAUCAAAUGAAUGUAACUGAGAAAUCGAAAAGUACCUGGAAAUUUGUCUGUAUUAAUCUCAAGUGGACUUAAUAAAACUUGAUCAUCUUU